AUGGGUCAAAAAGAGCUUCCUAUGAACGUGAGAAACGACAACGUAAGUGAAGAAACAAAGAUACUGAUCUCUUCACUUCCUUUAGACAAAGAUUCUCAAGGGAAUCUCUGCAAGUACCAAGGAUGUUGGUAUUACUACAACACUCUCCAAGCAGUCAUCAAUUUCCAGCUUCAAGAGACCGAUAUAAUUCUUGCUUCUUUCCCAAAAUCCGGCACAACUUGGCUCAAGGCACUCUCGGUCGCGCUCUUGGAGAGAUCUAAACAUGAUGAUCCGCGGACUCAUCCUUUGUUAUCCGAUAACCCUCAUGGCAUAGUACCAUUCUUCGAAAACGAUUUGUAUCUCAAAACCUCAACACCAGACUUAACCAAGAACGCAAAGGACGUGUUGAUAUCCCGUUGGUAUUUCCGGGGCAAGUAUCAUAAGAAUGAUGUGGCUAGAAGCAUGCUCGAGUCAAUGUUCGAUUUGUUCUGCAGGGGAGUUGACUUCUACGGUCCUGUUUGGGACCAUGCCCUUAGUUAUUGGAGAGGCAGCUUGGAAAACCCCAAAGCAUGUCCUUUUCAUGAGGUACGAGGAACUGAAAGCAGAGCCUCGUGUUCAGUUCAAGAGGCUUGCUGA